AUGUCGAAUCCUUGGCGCGAAACUCGGGGAUAUUCCUUCCAUUCCAUAUGUUUGCAUGUCAAAGACAUAAGUCUAAGCUCUAUGUUUUAUCAGGAUGUGUUUGGCAUGGAUGUGGUUCGCGAGGCCAAUCUGGGUCAAAUUAGCAAAGUCUGGCUCCAAUUUCCAACAGAUAAGACAGACAGAGGCUUUGGCGUUGCUACUUCUAUUAUAGAAUUGGCCCAACGCAACGGCACAGAAUACGACAAUACGUUUGAUGUACAAGCCAAUGCAGGUGGAUUCCAUCAUAUGACAUUCAGCGUGCCCGAUCUGCUGUCGGCACGAAGUCGCUUUGAAAAACUAGGUGUCACGAUCGAGGAUCUUCAGAUUCCUCAUACGCAACUUAUUGUACUUCGUGAUCCAGACAACUAUCCCAUCCAAAUUAUGAGCCAAGACUUUGAUUUACACGCCGAACUGCAUGAUGUGUGCCGUAACGUCGUUGUUGAGGGCACUGAGAAAUCACUAGAGGACAUUAUGCGUUCCCAGAAUCCAGAGACGCUGGCAGAGGCUGGUCUAACGACGGGUGGCAAUAACCUUUCUGUGCCGCAUGCCAAAGCGCCAUGCACUUCGCCGUGCUGA